AUGACGCAAUUCAACUUCAUAGCCACCAACCAGGAGCUUCGUAAGGGGGACUCCCUUAUGAGUCAAGAUGGGAGCCACAAAGCAAUCUUUCAGGAUGACGGCAAUUUUGUCAUCUACAAGUGGUCUCCAAGCUGGCAUUCCAACACGGCUAACGAUGGGGGAAUCAGAGUUCUGCUGCAAGAGGACAACAACCUGGUUAUGUACACCAAGGAGAGGAAAUCCGUGUGGUCCUCUGUCACCUGGAAUGAAGCGAACUCCAGCAAGAUGCGUCUGACCAUGACAAACGAAGGUCACCUGGUCCUGGACAAGGAUGCUCAGGCCAUCUGGAGCUCUGAGAAUUCUGAAGGUCAGAAAGAGUGUUGA